CAAGAGGCCAAGGCCACAAGCUGCUCAGCUUAGGCCAGCCUACAAGUCUGCUCCUCACUCCUCCUGUGCUGGCUCCAGGCUCCAUGGCGCUCUGGUUGACUCUGGUCAUUGCUCUCACCUGCUUUGGUGGCCUCGCCUCCCCAGGCCCUGUGCCUCCCCACUCUACAGCCCUCAAGGAGCUCAUUGAAGAGCUGGUCAAUAUCACCCAGAACCAGAAGACACCCCUAUGCAACGGCAGCAUGGUGUGGAGCGUCAACCUGACCACCAGCAUGCAGUACUGUGCCGCCCUGGAAUCCCUCAUCAACAUCUCCGACUGCAGCGCCAUCCAAAAGACCCAGAGGAUGCUGAGCGCCCUCUGUUCUCACAAGCCCCCAAGCAAGCAAGUUCCUGGCAAGCACAACCGAGACACCAAAAUUGAAGUGGCCCAGUUCGUAAAAGACUUGCUCAAACAUUUAAGGAUGAUUUUUCGCCACGGGUAGUUCAGAUGAAGCAUGAAAAACGAGCACUGAUCUUUGCAGAGGCAGCCCUUUACCAUCUAAGAUGCGGAUUCAUUUUUCUUCCAGAUGUCAGGAACUCACUGGGGAGAAGGGAGAGGGGGUUAGGGUGUGGGGGGGAAAGAUUUCCUUAGCUUAGACUUGAGCCUGUGCUGUCUGCCUUGAGCCUAGCCGACCCCAGCUGCCCUGUGCCUUGGUGCCCAGGGCUCAGCUUGGGGGCCUCCUCCAUCCGGGGCUCUGCGCUCAGGGGACGAGGAUGGCAUCGCCCCGCAUGACCUCUCCUUGCCAGACAUGGUGAGGAGGCAUCGGCUUGACACGGGGGCAACUGAGGCAGAGAGCAGCCAGGCAC